AUGGCUCGCAACUUGGAAAUGGCAGUGGGGCUCCACAAGGGCCACAAAACAACGAAGACAGUGCAAAAACCCAAACCAUCAAGGAGGAAAGGGGUGAGGAGGAUAGAUUCAGUGAUUGUAGCUUUUCUAAAUCUAAAUCUAAAUGUCUGAUCUGCAAAGGGCAGUGCAGCCCAUGUUCAGCAGGUAUGUGCUGUGCUUGAGCUGUGUGCGCUAAAAAACAGUGUGGUGAAUUUGUGCUGGUGAUAUAAAAAUAAAAAAUGUUCAAAUGUUUAAUGGGGCCUGGCCUGGGCCCUCAAGGCAAGUGUGAAGGCCUCUGUGUUGGCAGCUUCAAUAAUUGUUUCGGGAAGUUCGUUCCAUUCUUUAACGGACCUAUCAGCUUCUUUAGUUUGAGUGACCAUCAGAAUAAGCCCCAGAAGCACAAGGGAAAAAGCAGCAAGAGAAAGAAGCUAUGUUUGUUAUCCCAUCUGCAGAGUAUGGCAGAACUCGACGAGAUCUUGUGCAUGUGAGGCUGUUUUAAGACCGUUAUUGCUUAUAUAUUUUUUUUAAAAAAACUCACCCGUGCACCUGCCAUACUCGGCAGACGGGUUUGCUGUUAUUCCAUCGUAUAAAAUAGCAUCAUCCAGUAAGUUCAGGACUGUGCUCUAGCAGAGCCCGGUGGCCCCUGGGGCCUAACUUUUGCUCUUGGGCGACUAAAAAAUCUUACUUCCUUCAUACAGAUCAUAUGCUGGGCACCAUAGAUUUUAUAGUUUCAGAGCUCUGGGCUCCCUUCAAUUUUCCUUGGAGAACAGCCUUGAAGUUCAGUUCAGUGUCCACAACAGACCCUUCCACAGUUUUUUUGAGAUUUGAUGAGGAUCAUAUGGCAAAGUCUGGCAACAGAUUAGUUCAGUCAGUAGAGCACUUGACUGCAGAGCAGGAGGUUGUGGGAUCAAUUCCCAGGGCCAAACCAAUACUCGGGUCUCAAAAUAACUGAGAAAUGAAGGUACAUGUACUGCCUUUGCCCUGCAAACAGCUAGACCUUUGCAUGGCUUGGAUGACGACGUAAAUGGUGAACCUGUCUCCAGUGGGAGACAUGAUGUGCUAAAUACAUUGAAACACGAAUAAAGUGAAAUUUUUUUAAUGUCGCUGGAAGGAACGCCUCAACAUCAGUGAACUUGCUAAGUUUGAAAGUGUUACAUGCAAAGCAGGUGAACAUAUAGCUCCCUUAAGUCAAUAACUUUACAGACGUUUGAAUCAUGGGAGCAAGUUGGAGCUCCUACCAUACAAGCCUUUUUUAUCAAAUCACACUCAAAUUUGGCAAUUGUACUAUUUUUAGGCUCUCUUUUCAGCAGUGUUAGCAGAUUUUCUUUAAAAAGUCCAUGUCAAAAGUUUAAAUCACUUUGGAAGGGUCUAUUGACCUCAGACGAGACAUUUUCUGUCUUACGUUGAGAAGCAGGUAUUUCAGAUUUUCUGGUUGAUUAAGAGCGCUUAGUGCCCAGAGGCUCUCCUAUAUUAAUUCUUCAACACUAGUAAACUUGCUCAUAAAUUUCUUAUCACAGUUAGUUGCCUGAUCCUAAAAGGCUGGUCAGCAAAUAAAGUCAGUGGGUAUAGGAUUCUGUUUUGUGAUAUUUUUUAUUUUGCUUCCUUUUAAGGCAAGUAACAAAAGGGUAAAAUUUAUCCGAGAUCUUGUGCGAGAGGUUGUUGGAUUUGCACCUUAUGAGAAACGCUGCAUGGAAUUGCUCAGAAUUGGCAAGGACAAAAGAGCUUUGAAAUUUGUUAAAAAGAGGGUAAGAGAUCUUUCUCUCCAGUUCAGAUCAGUACACUGUAUAUUGUUAAUGAUAUAUGAAAUAAAUCACAUAUGAACUGCGGAAAUGAAAUGAAAAUGAACAAAUGAUCGUCGCAGUGAACACAAUUUAUGCAAUUGCGUAAAGAAGAGAAAAGAAUUUUUACUGAAUUUUUUUCAGGCUUCUCUACGCAAUUGCAUAAAUUGCGUUCACUGCGACGAUCAUUAAAUGCACAAUGUAUAUGUAUGUAUGUAUAUCAAUGUAUAUCAAUAUGUAUAUGUAUGUAUAUCAAUGUAUAUCAAUAUACAUAUGCAUAUGUAUAUAAUGUAUAUCAAUAUACAGUGUGAAAAUGAACAAAUUUUGUUCAUUUUCACACUGUAUAUUGUUUGAUUAGUUGUCCCUCACUAAUGUUGCGCAAGUGAUCUAUGCACACAGGAAUACUUAGCUGAUCAAAUGCCACAAAAUUUUCCUCAAAUAAAAUAAUACGUUCCUACCAUAAUUACAGGUGUAUAGACCAUUCAUAUAAGGGAAUAGAUGUAUUUAGUAUAUACUAAAAAAAACUUGGGAUAUCCUGUGCUAUUCAUCUCUGAGCAACAAGCAGUGCCAAACUCGAGUAAGUUAUGAACAAAAUGACUUCCUGGUUUGUUAUGGCAACAAACAAAAAAAAUUACACAAAUUUAACAAAGAAGAUGUUCUCGAAAACACGAAGGAGGCGACAAAAUUCAGUUUGGCAGUUUUUACAAGUAAAGCUUAUUAAUUGAUGAAACUAGUAAAAGAGUUUUUUGUUUACAAAAUUAAUGUUGUGUUACUUUAUUCAGCUGACAUGUUAAAAAAUAGGCUUAAAAUUGAAUUUAAAGGUUUUUAUUACAGAAUGGUUUCAAACACAGAAAGAGUUCACAAAACAAAUGUCUUCAAAGGCUUUAUUUGUGGGCAAGAAAACUUGAAGGCCAUUUAGCCAAUUGCACGCUAAAAUUGUAAUCAUUGGUAGUAAUAAAUGAGUUAAAAAUUACCAACAUUUUUGUGCUCAGUUACCUCACUGUUUCAGUGUAUACUAAAACAAUUAAUCACAUCAGUGCCAGUGGCUAGUGGUGGAUAUUUACCUCGAGCCACCUCCAUUUCAGUGAACAACUGUUAUUUAAAGUCCAAGUAAACUUGUAGGCACUUUUGUCGCUGAGAAAAAAUCAGCUUUUAGGCAAGUGUGAUAAGGGUGGUAAAACAGUUCAAACCAGUAUUUUACUACCAGAAGAAGCUAACUGGAUGCAUGUUAAUUUUUAGCUUGGAGGUCACACCCGUGGAAAGAGAAAGCGGGAAGAAAUGCAAAGUGUUAUUGCUGCCAUGAGGAAGCAACAACAACAUUAA